AUGCGGCAAGACCCCCUCACUUUUGGGCAUAACCGGAGACCAAGCAGUAUGCGGAUGGAUGAGUGGUUACAGGAUGUUUUAGAGAGACGGGAUCUCAGUAUUUCCUUUGAAUUGAUUGCAACAACUCUUUGGUGCAUCCGGAAAAAGAGGAAUGAUUCAGUUUUCAGAGGAAGUAGACCAAACGCAACAAACCUUAUCCAUGAUGCAGAAUUAAUCUUGAAAAGUUAUACCAGAUGGAAUAAAAAAGAUCUUAAUAUUGCCGAAGGGAGAUCAAGCUUCCGUCCCAAAUGGAUACCUCCGACAACCUCAGCUCUAAAGCUUAACAUUGAUGCCUCCAUCGGCAACGACACAACGAACGGAGCUAUCGCCGGUGUUCUUCGGGACUCGAAAGGUACUCUGCUUGAUGGAUUCGUAGAGAUAAUCCCUCCUUUCUCGCCGAUUGUUGCAGAAGCACAAGCCUUAGUACACGGUCUGAAUUUUCUGAAGUCGAGGAGAGAGAAGAAAAUGCAGAUAUUAGUGGAGUCCGACUGCUAUACUUUGGUGAGUGCGGUCAAUGCAGUGGGGGAGUUAAGCUGGGAAGAUGAAAGUCGGAUAGGUGAAGCCCAACACUUAUUGGCCAAGAUGAAUAAUGUAUCGGUGGCGCAUUGUGAUAGAAGAGCCAACGAAGUAGCCGACUGGUUAGCCAAAACCCACCGUUCUAAUAAUGUGCCUUUAUCUUGGUUAUCUAGACCUCCUCAAAGUUUAUGGAAUUUGCUUUGUUUUGAUGCCCCCUCGUUGGGCUUUUCAUGUAAUGACUCUUGA